UGCUAGUUAUACCCCUAUAACCUUGUCCCUCCCGCGUUAUCAACCACCUCUAAUUCAAAUUCAAUGGUGCCAACAGAAGACUCCGGACCUUCUGGAGACCGGUGCUACCUCUGCGAGAAAAUAAAAGUGCAGCGUCGCCUGUUCCCCAACGCGACAGCUACUAACGACGAUGUCAACGAUGAUGGUUCUUGCUCAGAUAACGACGCCCAUAACCUCUCCACUUCAUCCAUCAAAUCAGGCGACAAAAGCCAUCUUUUCUUCAAACAAAAUUAUCCCAUCAGUCGUAAUAUUACUCCAUCUCUUUUUUCUUCACAGUCCUCGAAUCAGAACUACCGCGGGUUGCUCAACCUAGCCGCACUCAUAUUGUUUUUUUCCAACUUUCGGUUGGUCAUGGAAAACUUGCUCAAGUAUGGGAUCCUUAUCAAUCGAGAAGUCAUAGCAUCCUAUUUUCACAUAGACUUGCUCAUGUGGAUAUUCUGUGUUCCUAUCUUCGCCUAUUUUAUGCUCGUAGUUGAGCGCCUUGCCUCGAGAAACAAAAUCAGUGACUUCAAAGCGUUAUUGUGCGCGUCAUUUAUUUUACUUCUACUGUUCUUUCUGCCUAUUCUUGUCGUCUUCUUUAAACCUCCUGUCCCCGCCUCUGGCAUCAUAUUGCUGCUCACCUCUAUCAUUUCUUGGAUGAAGCUCUAUUCGUAUGCCUUGGCUAAUCGACAGUUUAGAUUAGAUGUCCGCAAAAAGCAGUGGAUCAAAGAGUGCAUCGAAGGCGUCGACUUCAAUAGUGCUGUCCAUUAUCCACAUAACCUGACUCUUGGGAAUAUAUGCUACUACUUUGUCAGCCCGACCCUGUGCUACCAACUCAACUACCCCAGAACGAAGAAAAUCCGCUGGGCAUGGGUAGCUGUAAAAUUUGUUCAAUUGAUCUUUUUGGUUUGUCUGAUUAUCUUCAUGCUCGAACAGUGGUAUUUCCCGGUGAUUAAGAACAGCUAUCGAUUCAUGAAAAUGGCUCAUUGGGCAAUAUUAGUCGAAAGGAUACUCAAACUGUCUAUCCCGUCUAUUUACAUCUGGCUCAGCGGAUUCUUCACUCUCUUUCACCUAUGGCUCAAUAUCGUCGCUGAAAUUCUCAGAUUUGGCGAUCGCGAGUUUUACCAAGACUGGUGGAACGCGACAACCAUGGGAUAUUAUUGGAGAACCUGGAACAUACCCACACACAGGUGGCUGUUCAGACACGUCUAUUUGCCGUGCAGAAGGCUCGGCUUGACGAGGGAAGGAUCAAGUCUCGUAGUCUUUUUCAUUUCGGCCGUUAUUCAUGAAGUGCUUAUCUCGGUUCCCCUGCACACGUUCAAGCUGUACUUCUUCAUUGGCAUGUUGGUUCAGGCUCCGGCUACGUGCAUGGGCGAAGUAUUCAAGGGGAAGCUUGCCGGAAACCUGAUCUUUUGGAUUAGCUUCUGCUUUCUCGGUCAACCGAUUGGCGUUCUGUUGUAUUACUUUGACUACGCUUCUAACGUGCUGGCCAUGAAACAGGUGUAAUUUCCGUGAACUGUUUUUCCUAUCGUCCUGUUCAGCGGGCAACUGCCCUAUCUGCAUGCUUGGCCGCGAUCGAGCCUCGUUCUCGAGAACGGAUAAAAGCAUCUUUCGAGUACCCCGUUUUUCGUCUGAGAAGGGUCAAAGAGACGCAAAUUUUAUAGAGAAAAAGAAAAUAUGCCCUUGAUAUAUAUGCAUGUAUCAGAAAAACGUCACCAGGCUAUGCGUGAACUCGUUUUCUCUGAGAAGGGUUCUCUAUCACGAAGAGAGAUGAGAGUAGGGUCUCGCCUGUGACUCCUUCCCGCACGAAGGAAUUUGAUUCUCUUCCUGAUUUCUCUUACGAGCGACGUCCACCGCACAGAAGCCUAUCUAUUGACCCUUUUGGACAAAAACGACGCAGGUAAACACAUAAAAUAAUACAAUACAACGCA